CCAGCUUCACGUUCCAGACCCAACCCCAACGUCGAAUUUUUCUAUUCGCAAAGGGAACCUUUCUACGGAAGGUACUCAGUCAAGAUGCCGAUUCCUGUGGAUACUGCGAAAUCCAUCAACAAGAAGCGCAAGAGAAAGCACGGUGCGCGCGCUGCGACCGACGCCGACGAUGCUUCUCCGAAGCCCGCUGUCGACAAUGGAGAGACGACCGAAGUGACGGAGACACCUACGGAAAAGAAGUCGAAGAAGAAGGCCGCCAAGGAGGCUGAGAAGGAAGAAAAGCCCAAGAAGCGCAAGGUUGAUGACUCCAGCAACGAGGAUGAGAAUGACAGCGAGGAAGAAGUCCGUGAGGCCGAUCCCGAAGAUGAAGAUGAUAACGAGGGCAAGGAGGAUGGAAAUGGUGCAGACCUUCCUUCUUUGGACGCUGUGCGUCUGCCUCAGACGGAUGGCGAGCCGAAGAAGUUCACGGAAUUGAACCUCUCUGAGAAGACGAUGAAGGGUAUUCAGGAUAUGGGCUUCGAGACUAUGACCGAGAUUCAGCAACGUACUAUUCCUCCGCUACUUGCUGGUCGUGAUGUCCUCGGUGCUGCAAAGACGGGUUCCGGAAAGACUUUGUCGUUUUUGAUCCCUGCUGUGGAGAUGUUGAGCGCUCUGCGGUUCAAGCCUCGCAAUGGUACUGGUGUUCUUGUUGUUUCCCCCACCAGAGAGUUGGCGCUGCAAAUAUUCGGUGUGGCCAGAGAGUUGAUGGCGCACCACUCGCAAACAUAUGGUAUCGUUAUCGGAGGUGCCAACCGCCGAGCUGAGGCAGAGAAGCUCACCAAGGGUGUCAACCUGCUUAUUGCCACCCCUGGACGUUUGCUCGAUCAUCUGCAGAACACCCCUGGCUUUGUGUUCAAGAACCUGAAGACACUUGUUAUUGAUGAGGCGGACCGUAUCCUGGAAGUCGGUUUCGAGGACGAAAUGCGUCAGAUUGUCAAGAUCCUGCCCUCCGAGGAGAGACAGACCAUGCUGUUCUCUGCCACCCAGACCACGAAAGUCGAGGAUUUGGCGCGUAUAUCGCUGCGGCCUGGCCCCUUGUACAUCAACGUUGACCACCGCAAGGAGCACAGCACAGUUGAAGGUUUGGAACAGGGUUAUGUCAUCUGUGAGGCUGACAAGCGCUUCCUGCUUCUUUUCUCCUUCCUUAAGCGCAACCUCAAGAAGAAGAUCAUUGUCUUCUUCUCCAGCUGUAACUGUGUGAAGUACCACGCGGAGCUGCUCAACUACAUCGACCUGCCGGUGCUUGAACUCCACGGCAAGCAGAAGCAGCAGAAGCGGACCAACACAUUCUUCGAGUUCUGCAAUGCCAAGCAGGGAACCCUGAUCUGUACUGACGUUGCUGCCAGAGGUUUGGAUAUUCCGGCUGUGGACUGGAUUAUCCAGUUCGACCCUCCGGAUGACACCAGGGAUUACGUCCACCGUGUCGGUCGUACGGCUCGUGGUGUGAACGGAAAGGGACGCAGUUUGAUGUUCUUGCAGCCUUCCGAGGUUGGUUUCUUGAAGCACCUCAAGGAGGCUCGUGUUCCCGUCGUGGAAUUCGACUUCCCGGCCAACAAGAUCGUCAACGUUCAAUCUCAACUUGAGAAGUUGAUUGGUCAGAACUACUAUCUGAACAAGUCCGCCAAGGAAGGUUACAGAGCCUAUCUCCAGGCAUAUGCCUCGCAUUCGCUCCGGUCCGUCUUCGACGUGCACAAGCUUGACCUGGUCAAGAUUGCCAAGGGAUUCGGAUUCUCGACGCCGCCGCGCAUCGACAUCCAGCUGGGCUCCAGCCUGAGUCGGGAUAAGAAGCAGCAGCAGCAAGGACGCCGAAACUACGGCAGCCAACCGAAGGGGUUGAAGUUCAAGCGCAAGCACGAGGAUGACUGAACUGACUGACUAGUAAGCAAGAGAAAAGCAAGUGGUUUGUGUGAUUUCUUAAGACCUGGCAUUUUAGUUUCGGAGUUUACCCUGUGGAUAUCUGGACUUGUCUAUAUUAUUAUUUCAAUCGUUCUCUUGAAUAGAUUCUAUCAUUCAGAAGCAUUCAACCAUCUUAGCAACUGUACUCCUGUUCGGUACACUCUUUUCUCCGAUCGGAGAUUACUCCCU